AUGACCGAGUACGUCGGGGCAAACUCUCCGUCGGAGGUGAACCUAAGCGACAAAGAACGGAAGGAGACGGAGGCGAGAGUGGCAAAUGUUCUUGAUCAGGAUCCCUUAAUGGAGCCGUCGGAUCGAGGCUGCCUUGACGGUGCCUACAACGCCAUUCUGGCAAUGGUAAGGGCCGACAACUACGCCCGCUACAAGGACUUCAUCGUUGCGCAACGUCAUCUCAGAGCUGCCCGGCUGGAGGCCAUAUGGUGGAUGCAGUAG